GCAGCCGGCGGCAGGCUGUCUUGUUUAUGUUUGUUUUUUGUUGUUGUUCAGGCCUCACUGAAACGUCUUUUUCUUUCCGGAUUGUUUUCGAAAUACGCGAUAAUUAUGUCGCCGAUUUCGCUAAAGAUUUUCAACUUCCCGCCAAUAUUCUCCAGUGUCGACGUGCGUGAGUUUUUGCACCUGUUUGGGCUGGAAACGACACGCUUAAUCAAGAGAAGAAACACAAACGGCGCUAUCGUGUGUGUGGACAACGAAUCGGAGGCCCGGCUGGUGAUUUCGCGCCUCCACCAGCUGCUCAUCAAAACACACCGGUUGAAGGUGGAGUAUACGAACCAGGGCGAAGAGUCGAGUUCGGCUGAGCUGCAAUCGUCGCCACUAGCGGACAAGGUGACCAAGAGCAAAUCUCUCGUCACCGUGGCGGAGAAAUGCUUUACGCUGGGAUAUGAAGGCUUUCCACCGCCACAUCUUGCCUACCGGUAUCCCAAAUGUUCACCCGAAGUACUGCAAAACAUCGCACGAGAGCUAGCAGGCAAUACGGCAUUCUACUACCAGACGCUGCAUUUGAUGAACAAAAUGAAUCUGCAACCUCCGUUCGAGCGCCGACAGGACACGAUCACCACUACACCCGCCGCAGAAGAACAACAAUCGCAAGCAACUGUGUCGGACGAGGAAUCGGAGCUGGAAUCGGAUUCAGAGAUGCACGAGCCUGGCAAACCAAAGUCAGCUUACAGCCAAGUGAUGCGUACAAUGAAAGUGGUUAACUAUGAAGCAUCUUCUCGGGAGUCACAAUCGGUCCAGCGACCUGCCUUGAAAAAGACGAAAAUGGAAAUACACAUUUCUGGAUCUUCGCUAGCACCACCAGCGGUUGGGAGUAUGAGCGACGAUGUGUCUCCAGAGCAACAACCCACGGAAAUAGCUCCUCAAAUAGAAGAAGCAUCCCCUCUUCCUUCUAUAGACGAUAUUUUACGCAAUCGAAUUCCGGAGGAGCAGCGAAGCACGCUGAACGUGUUCCAAAACUACAGCCGAGGUGAUCCAACCACCAAGCUGUACAUAAAAAAUCUCUCGAAACAGGUGACGGAGCAGGAGCUGGAAGAAUUGUUUGGCAUAUUUUUCAACGCGAACCUUCUCAAGGGCAUGGAGAUAAAGCUAAUGAAGACGGGGCGAAUGAAGGGACAGGCGUUCGUUACCUUCGUUCCGGUGGAGGAUGCGACCGAGGGUGAACCGUUAAAUGAGAAGUUUAAAAACUGCAUCGACCAAGCGUUGGCCACGGUCAAUGGAUACAUACUGAAAGACAAACCAAUCGUAGUUUCGUACGGGAAGAGCGUAUGAGAGACAUUUCGAUAUAAAAUCGCCUCAACAAAUCAAUCUUGUGAUAGGAGGAGUUGACGCUAAAUUGUGGUGUUGAGAUCCAAAUCCUGUCAAAGUCUCCUGCGGAAAGUUAGUUCACUCAAAUGGACUUGAUUAGUAUCGAUUGUAUGGAGAAUAGAAUAGACUGGAGUUAGUGUAAUCUGAGUUUAAUUACGACUGGGAGUUGUGCCAAAGAUGGAGCAGAUUGUAGAGGUUGCCUAUUUCUUAAAUAAAAGAUUUUUCCUUAAAUAAAUAAAA